AUGGCCCUGACGGCUUCACGCGCCAGACCUCCAUUACCAGCCUCUCAGCAAUAUGAAGCGCUUGCUCGAUGGGUCCUUAACAAGCGCCUGGGGACUCUGAGCAUGUAUACAGGCUUUGCAGUCAUGGUUACAACAGCAUUACUCGCGACUGUCCUCAACUUCGACACAGGCACAAUAACCUUUUUAGCGAUCAUUACCGUUCCAUCAUUUACAACUUUGAUGUGCUUGAGUUUUAUCCUACCAUUGGUGUUGCUGAGAAGGUGGACUCUGAAAGCAAUUCCCGAGCCAUAUCCAUCAUACUCGGCUCUUUUCCGCUCUCUGGCUCGUGCACCCUCAACGUACCGCAACCUAGGCAUCACCUGCGGAUCUUUUGCUUCCUUUGCCCUUCUCAAUGCCCUUUGUGCUGCGUUACUCGGUGCCCACGAUUGGCAUCUCUUUAUGCCAACAAAACGCCAUGCUGUCAACCUGAAUGAAAAGGUGGUGUUCCUGAUGCUCGGAAACUCACUCGUUGGAGUCGUUCUUGCGAUGAAAGAUAUGCUCCAAAGGCGGGAGACGGUCAAAUGGCCGACCAAAGUGUCUCUCAAACCCCAUACGCUCUUUGACCAUGCGUCCAAAUCCUUUACAUUCAAAGGCUCUGCAUUUUUUGCGUCCUCGACUGUCAUUGGAUAUUCUAUCGUAUAUGCAUUGUUCCGGAAAAGUGUCUACCGGACACUCAUGCGCUUGCCAUUGAUCGGAGGUUUCUUCAACCCGGCCCAGUACUUCCAUCCCAAUUACCUUCCAUCUAAUGCCGAGACUGCUUCUUCUUGCCUUGAUCUGCACUAUGCAUUACGAGAAUGUCCAAGCAUUCUUCGACAGCCUAGCCGGUCGAGGCAUCAUUUCGCCUUUUUAGAACUUGCACACAUGGCGAGAAAAGGCCCUACUGAACGGAGAGUUGCAGUCUUCAACGACCCACAAAAAUGGAAUUUCAUCUCUCGUACUUGCUUCAAGACCAUGGGUGAAGAUUACGGUCAUCUUCGACGUCGAGGAAAACCCCCUCCGCCUCCACCAGCCGCAGCGCCUCCGACCCCUGCUCGAUCAUUGGCUCCGGUGACACCCAGAAAAUCCAGCGUAAUCCCAAACCUAAAUUCUUCUGUCUAUAAGCCACUGCCACCACCGUCACCUGGCUCGUUGUUCGUCAAAUCGCUUCUCUCGUCCACCUCGUCACCGUCCACGACUCAAGGUGAAGGAUCAGCGGCGCCUGAUGGAACUGCAGGAAGUGGGAGUCCCAGUUCAUCUCUACGCGCUAGCGCAAUGCCCAGUAUCUUCGUCACAAAAGUGGCUGUUGAACCAAGCCCAGCAGUGGACGCGGCUCCGGUUCCUCCUCCUGCACAACCAACGCCCGGAAUCAUACAAAUGGUCAAGAAAGGCAUUGGCUUUGUAUUUGGUCAGCUUACGGCGCAUGUACCAGCAGUCAAGACGGGAGAUGAACCGUUCUUCAUUCUUCCGGCAUUCCUGCAAGAAUGGCGGAAGCAAGUAGAAAAAGAAAGGAUCCAAUUCACCGUCGAAGAAGUUUUAAAGCGGCAAUCGUUGGAUCGAUAUUGUGUCCAAAUCUUGACUGGAUUCACAGUCGCCUCUCUCACUGAAGAUUCCUAUGGGACGUUACAGCAAGAUAUCCCAAAGGUCCUCGAAGUGCUUGUCAGCACGCUAAUAGCGUUGGAAGAAUAUACUCAAGAGCUCGCCACAAGCCCAAUGGCGAUGUCUGCGGACGCAUGGCAGGUUGAAGUAGCGAUCAUGGAGCAGGUGACACCGUUUGCCGAUGAUAUUCGAAGGGCACUAGGGGAUAUUUUGUACACGUUUGGAGACCGAUUGAAUGUGUUCCGACUACCUCCUGCAGUCGCUCGUCGACUUCAGCUGAUGGUUUCUGUCAUGUAG